AUGCCCACACGGAGUGCAGCACCGGCUCCCACACUGCCACUCCACACCGUAGCAACGAAUGCACCCAGCACGGCCACAUGCGAGCCAACCCGCAUGGAGCAAGAUGAAUCACUUAACAAAAACAAACAAACGAGGGUAACGGGCAGCACAAAAUGCCACAAAAGAGAAAACAAAGCAAAGAGCAUUAAAGGAAGAAGAGCAGCGGCGGCACAAGUAGCCCUAACACUUUUGGGGCAGCUGAUACCCGAAAAGCACUUCCAUGGAUCUUCGUGUGUGCGCUGGACGGUGUUCCCCCGGAGACCCAGAGGCACCGGCCCACCGCAACUCUCAGCGCACAGCCGCGCAGGCAGCGAGGGGGCGGGACCGGCACACCAGAGCGUCGGGUGCGCUCGAAAUGUGCCGGGCGGUGAGGCGCACAUGAAACACACCGGAAGCAGGUGGAAGGUAAGAAGGGGUGCAGCAUGUCGGAGGUGGGGCUGCUAG